AUGUCGGGAAAAUUUAGUGAGUUUGUGGAGAAGUACCACAUUCUGCCUGUAUACCGCAGCUCUCUCACGGCUGUGAUGACGGCGUGGGGAUGGGUGAGUGAGCGGACGUGGCCCAUUUACUCCACUGGUGUGAUUCUCUCCGUUCUCUGCAUGCUGGCCUCCGCGCAGGAGAAACAAAUCCUCGCCGACCACCUCUACGGCUGCGAUGCGAGAUUCCAACAGCAGCAGGAGCCGAAGGAGAAGGAGGCGGCCGCGCAGGCGGUGGAGGAGGCCCGCAAACUCUUCCACGAGGAGUCCUCGCAGGGAGUGAAACAGGUCGUGUGGAUGCUCCCACGGGAUGAGUUUAGGCGCGAGUAUGAGGAACGACACGGCAGAGCGUAA